ACUGCUUCAUCAGGUUUCGUGCGCUCAUCUCAUAGACAGGAGACUCCCUCAGAGGGCCGAUGAAACGAAUAUAGCACCCAUCAAGCAUAGCUCAUGAAAAACCCGUCCGACCCUGGACGCCCAUCGAGACGACCACGCGCUGCCUUAUCUCUGACUCCCUCCUAGAGGUAUGGAACUUCUCCGGCUCCGAAAUGUUUCGGGCCUGAGUGGUUCUAUCGAGAGAUUGAUGAAUGCGUCGAGAUGGAUCCUUUCAAGUCGCCGCUCCUCGAGACAAAUGUCAAACACCGUGAAUCGUAUGGCGAUUCACGUCGAAUCGAGAGAGAUACGGAUACCUGUCUGCCACGGGAAUCUUGCCGCGAAAGUUUGGGGUGAUCCAGAGAAGUCUCAUCCAAGUCGUCGGAUAAUAGCCGUCCAUGGCUGGCAAGAUAACGCAAAUUCUUUCGACCCCCUGAUGCUCGAUGCAAAGAACGGUCUUCAUCGAUUCCUCAAGGAAGGCGUAUGCGUGACCUCCCUCGAUUUUUCUGGUCAUGGACUGUCUUCACAUUUACCACCCGGCUCAAUAUACUCUCAGCACACGUACGCCAUUGACAUAUUGACGACAGCGAAGUUCCUAGAAUGGAACGAGUUCUCGUUACUAGGACAUUCCAUGGGUGGUGGCAUGGGAUUCUAUACGGCGUUUCUCCAUCCGGAAAGGGUCCGGAAACUGGCUGCGUUGGACGCCACUUUCCCCUACUGGCAUCCCACCUACUCAUUCGAAAUGACGAUCGAGAGCUCCCAUUCCUUAUUCGAGAAGUUUGCCUCUGAGUAUCUCGAAAUGGGUCUCCCCAAACCGAAAGAAUACACGAUGGAAGAAUAUUUCCAAGCGGUAUGA